AUCUCCGCCGCGUCGCUCGGAGAAGAUACGCCUUGAGGCUCACCAGUCGCCAUCAGCAAGAAGCUCGAUGCUGUCUGGUGGCGUCCUUGUUGCAUCAAACGUCAGCAGCAGAAAAGAUGAAAGGAAGUCAUUCGCGAGAACGCAAAUUUCCUCUACUUUCAAUUGCUAUUGCACCAUUUUUAACCUUAGAAAGAAUGACACAGAAUCGGUACAAGUUGCGCAGCGUGACCCGCAGGUUUAAUGUGGGACAACCCACGACGGCGCGGGCCAGAUCGAGGACCGAAAAUCGUGGUCUUCGCGAGCUCGCGCUACAGAGCUACAAGGAACCAGAUACCGAAGAGUCGGAAGCGGAAAAUAUGACGAUCAUCGAGUCCAGGCCUUCGAUCCCCAAAGCCAAAGCCAGAGCCCGGGCUGGUAAGGCACAGCGUGCGAGGACUUCAGAAAAACAGAGUCGCAAAGGCAAGGCGUCCAGUGCGAAGGCUUCUUGUGUCAAGGAGAAUCGUCGAGGUAUUCCUAAUUAUAGAGAGCUCUCCAGCGCGAGCGACGAGACUAGCAGCGACGCAGGGGCUGAUGGGGACACUGUCUCGGGAUGCAGUGGGACGUACGAGCCGGAAUCGGAUCUCCACAUGGAUCCCGAUUACACUGCAACGGGUUCUGACAGCGACUUCGAGCCGAACCUCGAGCAAUCCACAAUCAUGGCCGAAAUAUCCAAGCGUCGCGGAUAAGGCGCAUCACAUGCGCCUCGCUACUGAUAUGCCCGUCCUGCUGGACUUGUCAUUGCAACAAGGAACUCCCAUUCAAGUGUAUACUCAAUUUUGUGUUAUGGCCGUCAGCGCACGCGCCUGAUCGUCGUUAUGUAUCAUGAGAUUAGGAUCGCUGUGGGCUGGAUAUCCGAAUCCGG